AGAUUAACAAGAAAAAGACGUUGAUAUCUAGGAAAUCAUCUGAACAUGAAAAGACGGUGUCUGCUGGAUGGUUAAUUUAACUUUUCAUGCGCUAAAGAAAAAAUAAAUAAAAGGCCGGAGUUAUUCUUUAGCCUAUAAGCGGGCUUCAUCAUUGGAUUUUAGAGAUUGAACAAAAAUGACUAUUUAUUUAUAAGCCAAUAAAAAGUGUAGGAUUUUCAUAAAAAUGACAGAAUGCGUGUUGACUCACAAAGUGUAUUUCUAUUUGAUUUGUGGUUCCAAGUAAUUUUUUUUUCUUCUUCUUUCUUAUAAACCCUUUUUCUUUAAAAGAAUUUCUUCACCUCCCUACUCUUUUUUGUAACAUUUAAAAAAAAUAAUGGCUUCUAAACUUCUUUCGAGAGCUGCCCCUCUCACAACACGUACUUUUCGCGACGUUACCAAGGCCGCUCCUAUUGGUCUUAGACACUAUGCUUCUGACAACCAAAAGAAGUUGAACAAGUACAGUUCUGUCAUUACUCAACCUAAAAGUCAAGGUGCUUCUCAAGCUAUGUUAUACGCCACUGGUUUGACUGAUGAAGAUAUGAACAAGGCUCAAGUCGGUAUUUCUAGUGUUUGGUACGAAGGUAACCCUUGUAACAUGCAUCUUUUGGAUUUGGCCGGUGAGGUCAAGAAGGGUGUUAGAGAUGCUGGUCUUAUUGGUUAUCGUUUCAACACCAUUGGUGUCAGUGAUGGUAUCAGUAUGGGUACCAGAGGUAUGAGUUACUCUCUUCAAUCCAGAGAUUUAAUUGCUGAUAGUAUCGAAACCGUCAUGGGUGGACAAUGGUAUGAUGCCAAUAUUUCUAUUCCCGGUUGUGAUAAAAACAUGCCUGGUGUCUUGAUGGCCAUGGGUCGUGUCAACCGUCCUUCUUUGAUGGUCUAUGGUGGUACCAUUCAACCCGGUCAAAGCUGUGGUGGUGGUAAGUUAGAUAUCGUGUCUGCUUUCCAAGCUUAUGGUGAAUAUGUUGCUGGUACAAUUGAUGAAGAUAAGCGUUAUGACAUUAUUCGUCAUGCCUGUCCUGGUCCCGGUGCUUGUGGUGGUAUGUACACUGCCAAUACAAUGGCCUCUGCUGCUGAAGCUAUGGGUAUGACUUUGCCCUACUCUUCUUCUACACCCGCUGCUUAUCCUGAAAAGAUUGCUGAAUGUCACGCUGCUGGUAAAGCUAUUCGCAACCUUCUUGAAAAGGACAUCUUACCUCGCGACAUCAUGACUCGUGCUGCCUUUGAAAAUGCUAUGGUAUUGACGAUGGUCCUUGGUGGUUCCACUAAUGUUGUUCUUCAUUUGCUUGCUAUUGCCAAGAGUGUCGGUAUCAAGUUGACCUUGGAUGAUUUCCAAGCCGCUAGUGAUAAGUCACCCUUUUUGGCCGAUUUGAAGCCCAGUGGUAAAUAUGUCAUGGAGGAUCUUCACGGUAUCGGUGGUAUCCCCGCUAUUCUCAAGUACCUCAUGGAAGAAGGUAUGGUGGAUGGUAAUGUCAUGACUGUCACUGGUAAGUCUCUCGAAGAAAACUUGCACGGCCUUCCUGGCCUCCCUCAAGGACAAGAUGUCAUUCGUCCUCUUUCCAACCCCAUCAAGUCUAGUGGACAUUUACAAAUUCUUCGUGGUAAUUUGGCUCCUGAAGGAUCCGUUGCCAAGAUUACGGGUAAGGAAGGACUCCAAUUUACUGGUAAGGCACGUGUCUUUGACGGUGAGGAGAACUUUAUCAAGGCCCUUGAAAAGAACGAGUUCAAGAUUGGAGAAAAGAUUGUUGCCAUUAUUCGUUACGAAGGACCUAUGGGUGGACCUGGUAUGCGUGAGAUGUUGAAGCCUUCUUCUGCCAUCAUGGGUGCUGGUUUGGGUAAGGAUGUGGCUCUUUUGACCGAUGGUAGAUUCUCUGGUGGAUCUCACGGUUUCAUCAUUGGUCACGUCUGUCCUGAAGCUCAAGUCGGUGGACCUAUUGGUCUUGUCAAUGACGGUGAUGUUAUCACCAUUGACGCUGAGACUCGUGAAAUGAACUUGGAAGUUUCCGAUGAGGAACUCGCCCAACGUAAAAAGAACUUUGUACCUCAACCUCUCAAGUAUACUCGUGGUGUUCUUGCAAGAUAUUGUAUGACUGUCAAGAGUGCAAGUGAAGGUGCUGUUACUGAUGAAUUGUAAUUAAAAAUCUAAACCCCCCUCCCCCUCCUCACACACACACACACACCCUCUGUAUAAUACAUCAUUUGAACCAUUUAUAAUCCUCGUCAUUUACAAGUCUAUAUCAAUAAAAUUUUAAAUGAGAAAUUAACUUCUAA